GCGGGGCCGGGAGCGGAGAGGGGAGACCGAAGGCACUGACGCAACCCGGCCAGAGCGCGAUCGCCCCGGACGACACCACCUGCUUCUUCCCGUUUCCACCGAGCUUUGCGAAAAUCAUGGACUUCUACAAAAAUCUGACCGUUUCAGACUGGGCCUCCCUUAUUCCCUUUGGUAUUGCGUGUGCUGCAGUUGGCUUUGGGGUGAAGACCGUCGUGGAUAAAAAGAUUGGUAGUCCUUGCAAUCCCAGUAUCAGGAAAGGAGAGUCCAAGGUUGUUGAUACCGUGGACAUCGAAGAUCUUGGCAAUAAAGCUGUCUUCUGCCGUUGCUGGCGCAGUAGCAAGUUCCCAUAUUGUGACGGCACCCACAAUGGACAUAAUGUUGCCUGUGGGGACAAUGUAGGACCCCUCAUCGUUAAGAAGAAGGAUUAAAGGAGCAAAUAGAAGUCUAUAGUGAGCACAUUAGAACCAUCUCCCUGGCACAGUGAGCUAUAAAGACAUAGCAGCCUGUAGUGAUUAUAAUCUAUUACAAUACAGUAUACUAUAAUACCCACCUAUGUGUCUCAGACAAAAUGUAGUGAAAUGUACGUAUCUGAUUACGAUUGCAAUGAUUUGAAAACUGCACGUUUUAUUUUAAUGUAAAUUUUAAAAACAUUAGUAAAUGAGUUUGAAUUGUGUGCCAGGUUAUACCUAGUACAAAAUGUGCUUGUCUUGAUUUUUUUUUGUUAAGUCUUCUAUUUUUUUUUUUUUUUUUCUUUUUUUUUCCACCCUCUCCCCCCCAAAAAAAAGAGGGUAAACUUUUAAUUAAAUUACACUUGUGUUUGAGGACUGUUUUUGUUGAAUGAUAAGCAAGGAAUGUAUUAAACAAGGCUGUGAAGACGAGAUAUAAUAUGUAUAAUUGUUUUGCAGGUUCUUUGUAAAUACAAGGUCAAGUUUGUCAGUGCUAUACCUCAGUUUAGAUUUGAUCAAUAUUUAAUUCAAUAAUAUAAAUAACUAAAGCUAUUGUUGUAAAUGCCAAAAAGUGAACUUUGAAUGAAUAAACAUGCAUGAUUUUAUAAAAGACUUUAAAUCUGCAUAUUUUCCUUUUAUUGUUCAUCUGAGGAAGGUAGCUAUUUCUAUUAUAUUUCUGUUGAAACAUACAGGAAAGAAAAGAAAAUAUAAAGUUAUUUUGUCAAUAAAUACACAUGACAAAUUAA